CAACAAUCCGCGUCUACAGCGCCAAUGCUUCUCCACGCCCACGAAGCACGGCUGGUGAUGCUCCUCCGACGAUGCUACAGGUCACCGCGUUCUCUGUCCGCCCGCCGCGGGGAGCGGCUCUACUCCACGAUGUGGGUCUUGGGCACCUCCGCCCCCCGACCACGAGCUGGGCAGUCGAGCUGUAAGACUGGGAAUUCAGCACGCAGCUUGACGAGUACAACUGGCGGUGCACCGGAGCACGUUGCUGUCCUCGGCGGUGGUAUCACGGGGCUCGUUGCGGCGGCCACGGCGGCCCAAUUAAACCCCGAUACCAGAGUCACAGUAUACGAAUCUAGCGACCGGCUAGGGGGAUACGUGCAGAGCGAGGUGGUGCAGAGUUCAGAUGGGCCGGUUGUGUUUGAGCUGGGCCCACGGUCGCUGAGGCCUGCUACGGCGAGGGGGUAUUAUGCGCUGUCCAUGGCGCAGAAUUUGGGGCUGGAGGAUAAUAUGGUGUUUACGUCCAAGGAUAGCCCGGCGGGGUCGAAUCGGUUUAUUUACUAUCCUGAUAAGUUGGUGAGGGUGCCGAGUCCGAAUGAUGGUCGGUUACAGGUGCUUUAUAAGUUGUUGACAGAGCCAUUGUUUGAGGGGGUCGCCGGGGCGCUGUGCGCGGAGUCGCAGGUACCGAGACGCCCUGAUAACCUAGUGGAUGAGUCGAUUGGAGGGUUUCUAAAGAGGCGUAGUGGCGGGAACAAAAAUCUCGUGGAUAAUAUUGUUAGUGCGGUGGUUCAUGGCAUAUUCGCGGGUGAUGUGAACCAGUUGAGCGUGAGAAGUUUGAUGCCUCGCUUGUGGGAGGCGGAAGGGCGAUUCGGAAGCCUCUCGAUGGGGAUGGUUAGGAACAAGCCGGAGGGGUAUGGGCCUAACGGGAUAUCUGAUUUGCAUGAGUCGGGAGAGCAGAUACUUGGCCAGGGACUGGGUGAGAAGGCGCGCCAGGCGAGUAUAUACACGUUUAUGAAUGGGAUGCAGACGCUACCGGAUGCUUUGAGGCGGCUUAUUAAGGGGUCGAGGAAUGCGAAUAUCAGGGUGGGGACGAGCAUUUCGGGGAUUUCAAACAGCCCAGAUGGAAAAACCAUACGAAUCAAAACCUUCAACAACCAACCCGCCCAGCCCUACAGCCACGUUAUCUCCACGCUCCCCUCCCACAACCUUAGCCACCUCGUCAACAUCCCCGCCCUAUCCCUCAUCCCUUACACCACCGUCAUGGUCGUGAACCUUUACUACACCAACCCCCACCUCGUCCCUCGACCCGGCUUCGGCUACCUCAUCCCGCAAUCCGUGCCUUUCAAGCAGAAUCCCGAGUUCGCACUCGGCGUCGUCUUCGACUCCCACGCCACGCCCUACAUCGACGGCGCCCCGGGCACAAAACUCACCGUUAUGCUAGGGGGCCACUACUGGGACGGGUGGUCGGCGGAUGAGCUACCAACGCCGGAGGAGGGGCAGCGGAUGGCGGAGCUGGUGCUGGCGAGGCAUUUGAAGAUCACCGAUAAGCCGGAUCGGGUGCUGGCGACGUUGCAUAAGAAUUGCAUACCACAGUACACGGUUGGGCAUAAGGAGCGCCUCCAGAGUGUUGAUGCGGGGAUUAGGAGGCUGUUUGGGAAUAAGUUGAGUGUGGGGGGAGCGUGGGUAGAUGGGGUGGGGGUGAAUGAUUGUAUAUUGAGUGGGGCGUUUCAGGGUCUUUCGAUCCGUAAGGGGUAUACGGGGUUGGAGUUGGCGUUGGAGAGUAGGGAGAAGCUGAGGACGAUGGUGCCAUCGGGAUUGAUGAUGUAGAGAGGGGGUGGGUGUAGAGGAUUGUUGCGCUGGGGCGUGUGGUUUUUUAUACCCGCCUUGUUUUAAUACGUCGA